AUGCAGGCUUUCGGUUUGACGUGGGCACUUCCGAUGGAGGUUCUGCUGCAGAGUUCUGCCAUCGAGCAGCCGUCAGGAUCAGAAUAUCGGCACACGAAGGGGCAUACAUCUGCAGCAAGCCUAGGAUCCAUGUGUUGGCUUCAAGUGCCCAAAAGGAUGGUAUUUGAAGUGGAUAAGCCCGUGAGUAUGGCGCCGUGGCCGGCCUGCCUGCAGCAACUAUCGUUUGGUGAUCACUUCAACCAGCCCAUCGCCGAAGUCGUGUUGCCGGCCUCCUUGCAGCAGCUAUCGUUUGGGUACGAAUUCAACCAGCUCAUCGCCGAAGUUGCGUGGCCGGCCUCUCUGCAGCAUAUAUCGUUUGAAGAUCGGUUCAACCAGCUCAUCGCCGAAGUCGUGUGGCCGGCCUCUUUGCAGCAGCUGUCGUUUGGGAAUCAGCUCAACCAGACCAUCGCCGAAGUCGUGUUGCCGACCUACCUGCAGCACCUAUCCUUUGGAGAUCAGUUCAACCAGCCCAUCGCCGAAUUCGAGUGGCCGACCUCCCUUCAGCAGCUGUCGUUUGGAGAUCAGUUCAACCAGCCCAUCGCCCAAGUCGUAUGGCCGGCCUCCUUGCAGCAGCUGUCGUUUGGAGAUCAGUUCAACCAGCCCAUCACCGAAGUUGUAUGGUCGAUCUCCCUGCAACAGAUAUCAUUUGGGUGGUAUUUCAACCAGCCCAUCGCCAGGGUCGCGUGGCCGUCCUCCCUGCUGAAGCUAUCGGUUGGCUAUAUGUUUAACCAGCCCAUCGCCGGAGUCGAGUGGCUGGCCUCCCUGCAGCAGCAGCAGCUAUCGUUUGGUUAUCACUUUGACCAGCCUAUCGCCGACGUUGCGUGGCCGGCCUCCCUGCACCAGCUAUUGUUUGGAUUACAUAUGUUUAACCAGCCCAUCGCCGAAGUCGAGUGGCCGGCCUCCCUGCGGCAGCUAUCGUUUGGACGUGGCUUCAACAAGCCUAUCGCCGGAGUCGUGUUGCCGGCCUCCCUGCAGCAGCUAUAUUUUGGUUAUCACUUCAACCAGCCCAUCGCCGAAGUCGAGUGGCCGGUCUCCCUGCAGCAGCUAUCGUUUGAAGAUCAAUUUGACCAGCCCAUCGCCGAAGUCGAGUGGCCAGCCUUUCUGCAGCAGCUAUCGUUUGGAAAUCACUUUGACCAGCCCAUCGCCCAAAUCGUGUGGCCAGCCUCCCUUCAGCACUUGACAUUCGGAGUUGACUUUGAACAGCCCUUGGCCGGAGUGAUAUGGUCGGCCUCCUUACGAAUUGUGACUGGUGAGGGAGUUAGCCUUCUGCGACCCUAA